AUGUGCUGCAAUUACUUGAUUAUGAUCCUGAGCUUCUCCUCGCAGACCAGGAAGAUAAUGUGGAACUCCAUGACUGACGCCACAAGCCCGGCCCUGUCGAGAACCUAUGCCACUCCAUGCGCCACCUUGACCGAAGCUCCAUCGGUGGAGAACCCCGCUGCAUCUGACAUGCUGGUGGAUAAAUUCGGGAGGAUGCACAAUUACCUGAGGAUAUCGUUGACAGAGCGUUGUAAUCUUAGGUGCCAGUACUGUAUGCCUGACGAAGGUGUGGAGUUGACCCCGAGCCCUCAGCUUCUAUCCCAAGAUGAGAUCAUCCGGCUGGCCAGCAUCUUUGUGGGUGCUGGAGUGGAUAAGAUCCGAUUGACCGGCGGGGAGCCCACAAUCAGAAAGGAUAUUGAUGAUAUCUGCUUGCGGCUAUCAAGCUUGAUGGGUCUGAAGAAGCUGGCCAUCACCACCAAUGGGCUUACCCUAGCCAAGAGGCUUCCCAGAUUAAAGGAGUGCGGACUCAAUCUGGUGAACAUAAGCCUGGAUACACUGGUUCCAGCUAAGUUUGAGUUCAUGACCAGGCGGAAAGGCCAUGAAAGGGUCAUGGACUCCAUUGAUGCAGCGAUCCAGCUUGGAUACAAUCCCGUUAAGGUAGUAGAUUCCUCUUAAUAAAUAUCUUUGAUAUGAUCUAAUCCCCUGCUAAAAUGCAAUAAUGUUGCAAUUUUUUUUCCUAUUUCAGGUAAAUUGUGUCAUAAUGCGAGGAAUAAAUGAUGAUGAAAUCUGUGAUUUCGUGGAGUUGACCAGGGAGAAGCCGAUCAAUGUCCGAUUCAUUGAGUUCAUGCCAUUCGACGGCAAUGUCUGGAAUGUGAAGAAACUUGUGCCAUAUGCAGAGAUGAUGGAUAGAGUGGUAAGGUAGAACCUCUGCAGAAAGCCCAUUCCCAUAUCUGAGGACCUGCCAAUGUUCACUAGUUCCCCCUGUAACAGCUACAGAAGUACAGAGGUGUGAGAAGGCUCAAGGACCACCCUACUGAUACAGCCAAGAACUUCAUGGUAGAUGGGCAUCUGGGUACCAUCUCAUUCAUCACCUCGAUGACUGAACACUUUUGUUCGGGCUGCAAUAGACUGCGGCUUUUGGCUGAUGGGAACUUCAAAGUGUGCUUGUUUGGUCCUUCUGAGGUAUGCAAUCCUCUCCCUUCCGUUCUUCCAAAGUAUCUGAGUUUAUUAAUGGGAAUGAUAGCGUUUAUCUAGGUAUGAUCAGAUGCCAAUACCCUUGAAAUCAAAUUUCCACAGGAUAAGAAGCACUUUGGUGUUCAUUACCCAUGAUCACGUUAAUUUUGAAUUAUUUUUUCCGAUUUUGCACUGUUCUCAGACUAAUGCGCUUUGAUAUCUGUUGUAUUCAGGUAAGUUUGAGAGAUCCACUUCGAAGUGGCGUUGAUGACUCCGGAAUGAGGGAGAUUAUUGGCUGUGCGGUAAGCCUGAUUUCACCGUGGAUUUAACCAGUGAUUAACACUUAAAAAUUAUUAUUUAUUAUUAUUAUUCUUAAAAAUAAUUACUAUUUAAAAAUGCUAUAAAGGGAUCAUGCAGACUUUUGUUAUUUAUGCACGAAGAAAAGAUACAUAAUAUAAUUGUCAUCUACCCUUGCCAGGCCAAAAUGUCAACUCUAGAAACCACUGAACAGUUGAAUAAUGUAGUCGCUGAAGGUUGCCAAGUCAACUUAAAUCACUGAAAAGUCAGGUGGCUUGAGUUAAUUAUGCAUUUAUACUGAGGAGUAGAAAGGAGAAGAAGGCCAUGUGUAUGUGAAUGUCCCUUUCUUUUUAAAAGCAUCUAAUCUAAAUCAAUAUUGGUAGAAAACAUGUGGCAAUAUUAUCUUUCUUGCUUUCUAAGGAAAAAAAAUUCGGUCAAAGUUCUAGAUAUGAUAGACUAACAUGGAGCAAGAAAUUUCAUAUAGUAGAAGAUGGGAUUGGCAGGAUUUCCUGAGGCUGAAAGCAGAGGAUUUGUCUCCCCAAGCUUAGAAAGUUGACUUUUUAGUAAUUAUCUUCAACUAUGAGUAAAUUGACGCAAACCAUACAAGUGUAAACAGUCAAGAAAAAAUAUAUUAAUCUCCUAAAAUCAUAUAAUUACCCUGGAGCCAAAAAAGGAAACUUCCUAGGUUAAGGAAAUUACCCAAUUAGGAAACUGAUCAACAGAAACUAACCCCUAAAUCACACGUUUUUCCCACAGAAACUACCCAAUUCCUUGCCAUUAUUAAAGGUUUCAUCAAAUGGGUCUGCUGCAUUGUUUCUGUCACCUUUUGAUUUCAAGGCAACCUUGUUCAGAAGAGGAGAUGAAAACAGGGCUCUGGGUUUUAUCAGGUGAAGAGGAAGAAAGCUGCUCAUGCUGGGAUGUUUGACCUUGCAAAGACGACGAACCGGCCCAUGAUUCAUAUUGGUGGCUGA